AUGGAAUAAGCCUUAAAAACUUUGUAAACCAAAUUACCAACCAAGCCAAUUUAACUUGUAUUUAUCAAGAAAAACAGCUUAAAUAGAAAGUAUUCCCCUUUCUAAAUACAAAUAAAUUAAUCAUCAAAAUAUCAAGUAUUGAAUUAUUAUAUUGUUGAUAGUAACUGACAGAAACAUAGAGAGAAUAAAUAGCAAUCAAAUAAUCUCAUAUGAAAAGAAUACAAAAAGGUCUAUCUAGUAAAAAAUAAUGUACUCAAAAUCAAUAAAAUAAAUAAUUGAUUUCCAUGCCUUAAUAACUACAUCAAAAAUUUCUUUGUUAAAAACAAAAGGAUUUAGUGUAAAUUCUUAUUAUAUGUUUAACAAUCUUGUCACUCAUUGUAAUCAUUUUCGAAUAUCAUCAACAAGAAAAUAAUAAAAAAAUUUAGGAGAAAUGA